AUGUCAUUCGACCGCCUCUCAGCUCUCGAAGCGCAACCAACCAGACGACAGGACGAGUCACACUACCAGGAUGACCCUGAUUUCCAAAGAUUGACAGAGUCUCUGUCAAAUAGACUGUUUACUUUGACGUCCAAUAUCUCCCGCCUGUCAAACCAGAUUUCCCUCUUAGGCACCAAACGAGAUACCGAACGGGUCCGGGAAAGAGUACAUGAUUUACUCGAAGAGACGCGGGAGGGAUUUCGGGAAGUGGGCGAAGGUAUCAAGCAGGUUCAGAUGUGGGAUGAUGUCAAUCCCUCCCAAAAAUGGACGCAGCAAAAGCUUUCUUCCGAGUUUAAAUCUACCCUUGAGGAAUUCCAAUCUGUCCAGCGCCGCGCACUGGAGAAGCAAAGAGCCUCCGCAACAGCUGCACGCACCGCCCUGGAGGAAGAUGGCGGCGUGCCACACUCCCCAACUGAAGGCCAGUCUCUCCAACAGCUCCAAGAACAGCAACCCCGCCUUGCAUCCCAGGCCGAAGUCGACUUCCAGGAGUCUUUAAUUAUAGAACGCGAAGCAGAGAUCCGAAAUAUCGAACAGAGUGUUGGCGAACUUAAUGAGCUUUUCCGAGAUGUUGCCCACAUCGUCCACGAGCAAGGGGGACAACUGGACUUGAUUAGCGAAAACGUGGAGCGGACGAGAGAUGAUACCAGGGGAGCUGACUCUGAACUGAGGACCGCAAGCAGAUAUCAGAAGAAGGCGCGUAAUAAGGCUUGCUGCCUCCUGUUGAUAUUGGCUGUUGUUCUAGUCAUCAUUGUUCUGGCUGCCACCCUGGCUUGA